AUGGAUGAGGAUUCUGAUCAGGACAGGAAGAGAAGAGCAGUUUUGAAACAACUAAGUAAGGAAAAAAGUUGUUCAUUAGGUGAGGUUCAUAAGUGUCAUUUUAAAAUAGGUCAAAAGUAUAACAGUAAGCAGGAGUUGAAAGAGAAAAUCAAAAUGCAUGCAUUGGAAACAAAAAAGAAUAUUGCAUUUAAAAAAAAUGACAAAUCCAGAUUGAGGGCCAUAUGUAUUGGAGUUGUGGCAUUUACUAAUGAUGGAGUUGGUGGACCUACCCAAGCUAAAAAAAGUAAAGGGAAAAUUAAAGGGAAAAGUAAAGAAAAGGACAAACAAGGUGGGACAAGUCAGGAAAAAGCAUAUUCUUCUUGUCCUUGGAUGUUACAUGCCUCGAGGUCUACAGAUGCAAGCAGCUGGUACAUUAAAACAUAUGAAGACAAACACACUUGUAUGAAUACAAGGAUGGUGAGAGCUGCAACAACGAAGUUUAUGUCCAAACAAAUCAUGGAUCAGGUAGAAUCCAACCCUACUAUCCCAGUUAAAGCUCUCCAAGAACAAUUACAGAAGAAGUAUGGAGUGGGCUUCUCAAUCCAUAAAGUUUUUAGAGCUAAAGCAGAUGCAAAAAAGAUUGUAGUGGGUGAUUACAAAAAACAAUAUGAAGUUCUGAGAGACUAUAUCCUUGAGUUGCAGUCAACCAAUCCUGAUACCACAGUCAAAUUAGAACUUGGAGAUGUUUCAGAAUCUAAUUUGGUGAAUUGCACAUCAAGAUGUUUCAAAAGAAUCUAUGUUUGUCUAGGGGGGAUGAAGAAGGGAUUCAAAGCUUGUUUAAGAGAUUUCUUGGGGCUAGAUGGGGCUCAUAUGAAAGGCCCUUAUCCAGGCCAGAUCUUAACCGCAGUUGGAUUAUAUUCCAACAAUGGCAUAUACCCACUUGCAUAUGCCAUUGUAGAGAUUGAAAACUAUGAAUCUUGGAAGUGGUUCCUUGAAUGUCUUGGUGAUGACUUGGAUCUACAUGCUAUGUCUAAUUUCACUUUUGUUAGUGACAGACAAAAGGGUUUGCUACAAGCAGUUAGUCAACUGUUCCCAUGUGCUGAGCAUAGGUUCUGUCUCAGACAUAUACAUGAGAACAUGAAGAAACAAUGGAGAACUAAGGAAUAUAAAGAUCACCUUUGGGAUUGUGCCACAGCUACAACAGUGGUAGAGUUUAACCAUUUCAUGCACCAAUUCAGUUUAUAUGACAAAUCAACAUAUGAAUGGUUGAAGUCAAUACCACCACAACAUUGGGCAAAAAGCCAUUUCACAGGGAGAGCAACCACAGACAUGCUGUUAAACAACCUUUGUGAGGUGUUUAAUGGCAAGCUAGUUGAUGGGAGAGACAAACCAAUUAUUAGGUGCUUGGAGUUUAUUAGGGAGUAUAUGAUGAAGAGGAUAUGCAAUGUCCUCAAGGUGCAACAAAAGUGUGUAGGCCCACUCACCCCAACAGCAACAAAGAUCAUGGAGAAGAAUGAAGCAGUUGCUACUCAGUACAUUGCAGAAUAG